CAACGAACUUUUACCACUCCCACAGAAGAAGAUCUUAUGAAAGGACCAUGGUGCGAAAGCACAUCCAAAACCACUUGUUCAAAAUCAACCGAUUACUGUUACAAUGCAACAGCCUAUUUCUCACAAUCCAACCAGUCAUCAAUAGUAGGAUGUUCGACGACUCGUCAAAAUAAGUGCAUCAACUACACGCAUAAUGGACACCAAGUCACGUUCUGUUGUUGCAACACCAGUGAUUUGUGCAACUGGAAUAUUUCUGUUCGUUUUGAUUUUCAGUCCCACUACAUAGUGCAAAGAGGGCUGGUCGGAUCUGGGCUGUGUCGAGCCAAGGCCAGGGUUAGUUAG